CCCAACUGUUAAAAUCAAUUGUCUUUCGAAUAAGAUUCAGGGUGAGACUUGAGCCAAAGUCAAAUGGUGGUUUUGAUUUGGAUAUAUAGAUAGAUAUUUAUGAAUCCAGGUCAUCGUCUAAUUUGACUUAUUUCCCAUUUAUUGUUCCCGCCAAUUCCCCAACGGUUCCGACGCGUCCAAUAAUGAAGGAUUGAACAUGCACACAUUAAAGGCUGUUUGGUGUUAUCAGUGUAUAAUUGGCUGGUGAUCGACAUGAAGCCUAUAUAAAGGGGAUGGUAUUUGAUCGAACAGAGCAGAGCAAGCUAAUCCAGUUAGCUGAGAAUUAAAUCGCCUUGAGAGAAAAGAAGACAUGGGUGCCUCUCGGAAAUGGCUGUCUUCGAGUCUUCUUGUGCUCUGCAUUGUCUUCCAGUUGAGUGCUAUGUUCGCUCAGGGUGAUGACAAGGUUGACAAAGCUAGAUUUCGUGAUGAUGAUUGUGGAUGGGGUCGCCGCUGUGGUGGUCGCUCUGGUCGUGGUAGGGGUGGGGGCAUUGGAGGAGGAGGAGGUUUUGGUGGAGGUGGAGGUCGUGGUGGAGGAGUUGGAGGUGGUAUUGGUGGAGGCGGAGGUCAUGGUGGAGGAGCCGGAGGUGGUAUUGGUGGAGGAGCUGGAGGUGGUGUAGGUGGCGGUGGUGGGGCUGGUGGAGGAAGCGGUGUUGGGGGUGGGGCAGGUCAUGGUGGAGGUUUUGGAGCUGGAGGAGGUGUAGGCGGUGGAGCUGGCGGAGGUGUAGGAGGUGGUGCUGGUGGAGGAGGUGGUAGCGGAGGUGGUGGUGGAGUUGGCGGUGGUUCAGGGCAAGGAGGAGGCUUUGGAGCUGGGGGCGGCGUAGGUGGUGGAGCUGGAGGAGGUGGAGGUCUAGGAGGAGGUGGUGGCGGUGGAUCGGGAGGCGGUGGCGGUGUGGGUGGUGGUUCUGGUCAAGGAGGAGGUUUUGGUGCCGGCGGUGGUGUAGGCGGUGGAGCUGGUGGAGGUGGAGGUCUAGGAGGAGGAGGUGGCGGAGGAUCUGGAGGCGGUGGUGGUGUUGGCGGUGGUUCUGGACAUGGAGGAGGUUUUGGUGCCGGCGGUGGUGUAGGCGGUGGAGCUGGUGGAGGUGUAGGAGGAGGUGGUGGCGGAGGAUCAGGAGGCGGUGGUGGUGUGGGUGGUGGUUCUGGCCAAGGAGGAGGUUUUGGUGCUGGCGGCGGAGUUGGUGGAGGCAUUGGUGGCGGAGGAGGUGCAGGAGGAGGUGGUGGUGGAGGAGCAGGAGGAGGGGGCGGUUUGGGUGGUGGUUCAGGCCAAGGCGGAGGUGUUGGAGGUGGAGGAGGCGUAGGUGGUGGAAGUGGUGGUGGAGUUGGUGGAGGUAGAGGUGGUGGCCACGGAGGAGGAUUCGGAAUUGGAAUUGGGAUUGGUAUUGGAGUUGGUGCUGGUUCUGGUCAAGGAGCUGGCAGUGGAAGUGGAUCCGGUGGAGGUGGUAGACAUUAAGACUUGUUUGAUUUAGAAACAACUGCAUGCUUAAAGCAUCAGUGUUAAAUAUUUGAAGUGAGAGUUUAUUUAGUGAAGUUACUACAUGUAUUUAGCCACAUUGAGGCUCUGAAGUAUCAGAAAUCAAUUGUAUUAUCAAUAUCAAUGCAAACCUUUACCUAAAAAUGGGCUACAAUUUGGUCAAA